UUCAGCUCUCGGGUUCAGAGCCGCGGCUGCUGUAGCUCAGAUUUUCUUGAUCCUUCCCAAAAAAAAAAAAUUAAUAAAAUAAAAUAAUAUUUCGCGUUUUAUCUUUGAAUCUUUCGUGUAAGUCUCGGGGGGCCGUGCUGCUGGGAAUUGUAGUUUUGGCUGAAAUCGCCCAAGACCCCCCCCUCUCUCCCCAGCCUGCAUACACUGGCCCCAUCCCUCAGUGACAAACUACAGACAGACGACUGCAAGACACAGACGCUAUGGACCGUUCCCCGACCAGCAGCCUCCUGAUGGCGAGCAGCAAUGUGACCAACAAGACGGACCCCCGCUCCCUGAACUCGCGGGUCUUCAUCGGUAACCUGAACACCAUGCUGGUGACCAAGGCUGAUGUGGAGGCCAUCUUCAGCAAGUACGGGAAGAUCGUGGGCUGCUCCGUGCACAAGGGCUACGCCUUCGUCCAGUACGCCAACGAGAGGAACGCCAGGAGCGCCGUGGCCGGAGAGGACGGACGCAUGAUCGUGGGACAGGUGCUGGACAUUAACUUGGCAGGUGAACCCAAACCUCACAGGUCGAAGACGACGAAGCGCCCAGCGGGAGACAUGUACGGCAGUUCCACCUUUGAGCUUGACUACGAUUUCCAAAGAGACUACUACGACAGGAUGUAUGCCUAUCCCUCCCGCGUCCCCCCGCCCCCUCCCCCUCUCUCACGGGCCGUUAUCCCGUCCAAACGUGCACGGGUCAGCUUGAGUGGAGGAAGCCGCCGAACCAAGUCCAGCUUCUCGUCUUCAUCCAAAAGCAGCCAGCGCUCCUCUUCACGAGCCAUUAAGGUAGAUGACCUCCAGACCAUCAAGAGGGAGCUAGCUCAGAUCAAGCACAAAGUGGACUAUCUCCUGGAAAGCCUUGACCGCAUGGAGAAAGAUCACAGCAAGAAGUCAGUGAAGGUGGUGAAGGCAGAAGGUGGUGAAGCUUCCUCCCAGCAGCACUCCAGCGCCAAGAAGGAGCGAGAGAGGGAGGAGCAGGAGAUAAACGACUCUGAGGAGGAGGGAGACCUGCUGGAGGAGGAGGAGGUGAAGAGUCACGGAGGAGAGAAUGAAGAAGAGGAAGGAGAAGAGGAAGAAGAGGGAGAGCACGAGGAAGGGGAAGACGACGGAGACAGCGUCAACGGAGACGACCCAUAGACUGUCUUUACAAACACGUACACGUACCACACGGCACACGCGCAUCCGGAGCAGCGAAGUCAGACACAAACCCCUUUAAAAACACAUUUCCGGGUUUUAUUUUCUGUCGUUCUGUUCUUUCAUCACGUAAGGAAUGUAGAUGAACACGUAUAUGAAGGUCAGUGUAAUUUUACUGCUCCCGUCAUCUCCUCAGGCUGUUGACGUGUGUCCCUCUCCCCCCCCCCAGUAGUUUUUAAGACUUUCCUCGUCGUUCAGACAGAUUUUAGAGCCUGCUUCAUGAUUUGGACGUGCUGUUUUUUCUUUUCUCGAUUAUUCCCCUCGGAGAGCGGCAGCGGUGUGCGAGAGGGGUGCACAUCUCUGAAUAAAGAAAUACUGUGUUUUCUGUGGACUUUGCGUUAUUUUAUCAGUAGAAACCUGGCGAUUACUGUGGGUGAGGAGCUGGUUGGGCUGAUGAGUCAUUACAAUAUUUUUUUUCUUUCCUUUUUUUUUUUUUUUUUCGUGCUCCAUCCAGGAAACAAUAUGUAUGUUAAUAUUUACAUGUUUUUGUUUUUAAUAAUAUCUCACUGGUUCAGAUAAGUUCUACAUAUAAAUUUCAAUAAAAGGGUAAAAGUAAA